AUGCAUGCGGACUCAGAAAUGGAGUGUUUUGGCCCGGCGGCCCUAUACCUCCGAAAAUCAGAAAAGGAGAGAGUAGAGGCUCAAAACCUCCCCUUUGAUGCCAAAACAGCGUAUUACGUGGUCGAGCCCACUGAGGUGUAUGUGCCGGGGAAGCUAGUGAAAAAAGAGGGUGGCAAAGCUACAGUUGAAAUUAAGGGUGGGAAGACUCUCACUGUGAAGGAUGAUGACAUCUUCCCCAUGAACCCUCCAAAGUUUGAUAAGAUUGAGGACAUGGCCAUGAUGACCCACCUCAGUGAACCCUCUGUGCUGUAUAACCUCAAAGACCGUUAUGCAGCAUGGAUGAUCUAUACCUACUCAGGGCUGUUCUGCGUCACUGUGAACCCCUACAAGUGGCUCCCAGUGUAUGACUCAGUGGUUGUACAAGGAUACAGAGGCAAAAAGAGGAUUGAGGCUCCACCCCACAUCUUCUCCAUCUCGGACAACGCCUAUCAGUUCAUGCUCCAAGAUCGUGAGAAUCAGUCAAUCCUGAUUACCGGAGAAUCCGGUGCGGGAAAGACUGUCAACACCAAACGUGUCAUCCAGUACUUUGCGACAAUCGCAGUGGCUGGAGGAAAGAAAACUGCUGAGCCAGUAGCUGGAAAAAUGCAGGGGUCGCUGGAGGAUCAAAUCAUUGCAGCCAACCCUCUGCUGGAGGCUUAUGGUAACGCCAAAACUGUGAGGAAUGACAACUCAUCCCGCUUUGGUAAAUUCAUCAGAAUCCAUUUUGGAACAACUGGAAAGUUGGCUUCAGCUGAUAUUGAAACAUAUCUGCUGGAGAAGUCUCGUGUGACGUUCCAGCUGUCUGCUGAAAGGAGCUACCACAUCUUCUAUCAGCUCACGACAGGCCACAAACCUGAGCUGAUAGAGGGUCUCCUUAUCACCACCAACCCGUAUGACUUCCCCAUGAUCAGUCACGGUGAAAUCACUGUCAAGAGUAUCAAUGACGUUGAAGAAUUCAUCGCCACUGAUACUGCCAUCGACAUCCUGGGCUUCACUGCAGAAGAGAAGUCAAGCAUCUACAAGCUGACAGGAGCUGUGAUGCAUCAUGGAAACAUGAAGUUCAAGCAGAAGCAGCGUGAAGAGCAGGCUGAGCCUGACGGCACUGAGGAGGCUGAUAAAAUCGCCUACCUCAUGGGCCUGAACUCUGCUGAUAUGCUCAAGUCGUUAUGUUACCCAAGAGUCAAGGUUGGCAACGAAAUGGUGGUUAAAGGUCAAACUGUGCCACAGGUGCACAACUCUGUUAUGGCUCUCUCCAAAACUGUCUACGAGAAAAUGUUCUUGUGGAUGGUCUUCAGAAUUAAUGAGAUGUUGGAUACCAGGCAGGCAAGAAGCUAUUUCAUCGGUGUCCUGGAUAUUGCUGGGUUUGAAAUCUUUGAUUUCAACAGCUUGGAGCAGCUGUGCAUCAACUUCACCAAUGAAAAACUGCAACAGUUUUUCAACCACCACAUGUUUGUCCUGGAGCAAGAGGAGUACAAGAAAGAGGGAAUUGAAUGGGUGUUCAUUGAUUUUGGUAUGGACUUGGCUGCCUGUAUUGAGCUAAUUGAGAAGCCAAUGGGCAUCUUCUCCAUCCUUGAAGAGGAGUGCAUGUUCCCCAAGGCAACAGACAUGACCUUCAAGAACAAAAUGUAUGACCAGCAUCUUGGAAAAAAUGCUAUCUUCCAGAAACCCAAACCUACCAAAGGCAAAGCUGAGGCCCAUUUCUCCCUGGUGCACUAUGCCGGCACUGUUGACUACAAUGUCAAUGGCUGGCUGGAUAAGAACAAAGACCCUCUGAAUGACUCAGUUGUUCAGCUCUACCAGAAGUCUUCAACCAAACUGUUGGCUCACCUCUUUGCAUCACAUGCCUCAACAGAAGGUAGAGGCAAAAGUACAAAGAAGGUGAAGAAGGGCGGCUCCUUCCAGACAGUAUCAGCCCUCUUCAGGGAAAACCUGAGCAAGCUGAUGACCAACUUAAGAAGCACUCACCCACACUUUGUGCGCUGUUUGAUUCCCAAUGAAACAAAAACACCAGGUCUCAUGGAGAACUUCCUGGUUAUCCACCAGCUCCGGUGUAACGGCGUGCUGGAAGGUAUCAGGAUCUGCAGGAAAGGUUUCCCCAGCAGAAUCCUCUACGGUGACUUCAAGCAGAGAUACAAAGUAUUGAAUGCUAGCGUCAUCCCUGAGGGACAGUUCAUCGACAACAAGAAGGCCUCAGAGAAACUGCUGGAAUCCAUAAACGUGGAUAAAACACAGUACAGAUACGGCCACACCAAGGUAUUCUUCAAGGCUGGAAUUCUGGGAAUGCUUGAGGAGAUGAGGGAUGAGAAACUGGUUGAGCUGGUCACAAUGACUCAGGCUCUCUGCAGAGGUUUCCUGAUGAGACGAGAAUUUGCCAAAAUGAUGGAGAGAAGGGAAGCUAUUUACACCAUCCAGUACAACAUCCGCUCAUUCAUGAAUGUCAAAACCUGGCCAUGGAUGAAGCUGUACUUCAGAAUAAAGCCCCUGCUGAAGAGCGCAGAGAUUGAGAAAGAGAUGGCACAAAUGAAAGAGGACUUUGAAAAGAUGAAAGAGGAGCUAGCAAAGACUCAGGCUAAGAAGAAAGAACUGGAGGAGAAGAUGGUGUCUCUGCUGCAAGAGAAGAAUGACUUGCAGCUACAAGUUCAGUCUGAAGCUGAAAACCUCAGUGAUGCAGAAGAAAGGUGUGAGGGGCUCAUUAAAGCAAAAAUCCAGCUUGAGGCCAAAGUCAAAGAGACAUCCGAGAGACUGGAAGAUGAGGAGGAAAUGAAUGCUGAGCUGACUGCAAAGAAGAGGAAGCUGGAGGACGAGUGCUCUGAGCUGAAGAAAGACAUUGACGACUUGGAGCUCACCCUGGCUAAAGUGGAAAAGGAGAAACAUGCCACUGAGAACAAGGUUAAAAACCUGAUUGAGGAAAUGGCAUCUCUAGAUGAGACCAUUGCCAAGCUGACCAAAGAGAAGAAAGCCCUCCAAGAGGCCCAACAGCAGACUCUCGAUGAUCUGCAGGCAGAGGAAGACAAAGUCAACUCUCUGACGAAGGCUAAAGCCAAGCUUGAGCAACAAGUGGACGAUCUUGAAGGUUCUCUGGAGCAAGAAAAGAAGCUCCGUAUGGACCUUGAGCGAGCCAAAAGAAAGCUUGAGGGGGAUCUUAAACUGGCCCAUGAAACCAUAAUGGAUCUGGAGAAUGACAAGCAACAGUCUGAGGAGAAAAUAAAGAAGAGGGACUUUGAGAUAAGUCAGCUUCUUGGCAAGAUAGAAGAUGAACAGUCAGUUGGUAUUCAGCUUCAUAAGAAAAUCAAGGAACUGCAGGCUCGUAUUGAGGAGCUGGAGGAAGAGAUUGAGGCUGAGCGAGCUGCUCGGGCCAAGGUGGAGAAGCAGAGGUCUGAUCUCUCCAGGGAACUUGAGGAGAUCAGUGAGAGGCUCGAAGAAGCCGGCGGAGCGACAGCUGUUCAGAUCGAAAUGAUCAAGAAGCGCGAGGCCGAGUUUCAGAAACUGCGUCGUGAUCUCGAAGAGUCCACCCUGCAGCACGAGGCCACCGCUGCAGCUCUCCGCAAGAAGCAAGCUGACAGCGUGGCAGAGCUGGGAGAACAGAUUGAUAACCUCCAGAGAGUCAAACAGAAGCUGGAGAAAGAGAAAAGCGAAUACAGGAUGGAGAUUGAUGACCUCACAAGCAAUAUGGAGUCUGUCUCAAAAUCAAAGGCUAAUCUGGAGAAAAUGUGCCGUACUCUUGAGGAUCAGCUAAGUGAACUCAAGUCCAAGAAUGACGAGCACGUGCGUCAGUUAAAUGAAGUGAAUGUUCAAAGAUCAAGACUGACAACUGAAAAUGCGGAAUUUGGUCGUCAGUUGGAGGAAAAAGAGUCUCUUGUUUCCCAGCUUACGAGGGGAAAAAUGGCUUAUAUUCAUCAAAUUGAGGAGCUCAAAAAGCACCUUGAGGAGGAAGUUAAGGCCAAGAACGCCCUGGCUCACGCUGUUCAGUCAGCUCGUCAUGACUGCGACCUGCUCAGAGAGCAGUAUGAGGAGGAGCAGGAGGCCAAAUCUGAGCUGCAGCGUGGCAUGUCCAAGGCUAACAGCGAGGUGGCUCAGUGGAGAGCCAAAUACGAGACUGAUGCCAUUCAGCGCACUGAGGAACUGGAGGAGGCCAAGAAAAAGCUUGCCCAGCGUCUUCAGGAUGCAGAGGAAUCCAUUGAGGCUGUGAAUGCAAAGUGUGCCUCUCUGGAAAAGACCAAACAGAGACUGCAGGGUGAAGUGGAGGACAUGAUGAUUGAUGUGGAGAGAGCUAAUGCUCUGGCUGCUAACCUCGACAAGAAACAAAGGAACUUUGAUAAGGUUCUUGCAGAGUGGAAGCAGAAGUAUGAAGAGAGUCAGGCAGAGCUGGAGGGAGCUCAGAAGGAGAGUCGCUCAUUGAGCACUGAGAUAUUCAAGCUGAAAAAUUCAUAUGAAGAAGCUCUGGACCACCUGGAGACCCUGAAGAGAGAGAACAAGAACAUGCAACAGGAAAUCAGCGAUUUGACUGAACAUAUUGCUGAAUCAGGAAAAACAAUUCAUGAACUGGAAAAGGCGAAGAAGACAGCAGAGAUUGAGAAAGUAGAAGUUCAGACUGCUCUUGAGGAGGCAGAGGCUACACUGGAGCACGAAGAAUCAAAGAUCAUUCGUAUCCAGCUGGAGCUCACCCAGGUGAAGAAUGAAAUUGACAGAAAACUUGCAGAGAAGGACGAGGAGAUUGAGCAGAUCAAGAGGAACAGCCAGAGAGUGAUUGAGUCCAUGCAGACUACUUUGGAUGCUGAGGUCAGGAGCAGGAACGAAGCCCUGAGAGUCAAGAAGAAGAUGGAGGGAGACCUCAAUGAGAUGGAGAUUCAGCUGAGCCAUGCCAACCGCCAGGCAGCUGAAGCCCAGAAACAACUGAGAAAUGUGCAGGGACAGCUGAAGGAUGCCCAACUGCACCUUGAUGAAGCUCUCAGAGUUCAGGCAGACAUGAAGGAGCAGGUUGCCAUAGUGGAGCGCAGGAACAACCUGAUGCUGGCUGAGAUCGAGGAGCUGAGAGCUGCACUGGAGCAGACGGAGAGAAGCCGCAAAGUAGCUGAACAGGAGCUGGUUGAUGCCAGUGAGCGUGUGGGACUGCUGCACUCUCAGAACACAAAUCUCAUAAACACUAAAAGGAAGCUGGAGGCUGACCUUGUCCAGAUCCAAGGUGAGGUGGAAGAUGCUGUGCAGGAAGCAAGAAAUGCUGAAGAGAAGGCCAAGAAGGCCAUCACUGAUGCAGCCAUGAUGGCAGAAGAGCUGAAGAAGGAGCAAGACACUAGUGCUCAUUUGGAGAGGAUGAAGAAGAACCUGGAGGUGACAGUGAAGGACCUUCAGAACCGCCUUGAUGAAGCUGAGAAUCUGGCUCUGAAGGGUGGCAAGAAGCAGCUCCAGAAACUGGAGGCUAGGGUGCGGGAGCUUGAGGCUGAGGUUGAUGCCGAGCAGAGACGCGGAGCUGAAGCUGUGAAAGGUGUCCGCAAGUACGAACGCAGAGUGAAGGAGCUGACUUACCAGACCGAGGAGGACAGGAAGAACAUUGUCCGCCUUCAGGAUCUGGUGGACAAGCUGCAGCUGAAAGUGAAAUCCUACAAGAGGCAGUCUGAGGAGGCCGAGGAGCAGGCCAACACUCAUCUGUCCAGAUACAGGAGGGUGCAGCAUGAGAUGGAGGAGGCUCAGGAGCGCGCUGACAUCGCUGAGUCUCAGGUCAACAAGCUGAGGGUCAAAAGCCGUGAAAUCGUCAGGAUCGUCACCAUGGGGGACGCGGAAAUGGAGUGUUUUGGCGCGGCGGCCAUAUACCUCCGGAAGCCAGAAAAAGAGAGAAUUGAAGCUCAGAACACUCCCUUUGAUGCCAAGACGUCGUACUUUGUGACCGAGCCUGCAGAGAUGUACCUCAAGGGGAAACUCACAAGUAGAGAAGGCGGCAAAGCUACCGUGGAGACUCUGUGUGGAAAGACCAUCACUGUGAAAGACACUGAAGUCUUCCCCAUGAACCCUCCAAAGUAUGAUAAGAUUGAGGACAUGGCCAUGAUGACCCACCUCAGUGAACCCUCUGUGCUGUAUAACCUCAAAGAGCGUUAUGCAGCAUGGAUGAUCUACACUUACUCAGGGCUGUUCUGCGUCACUGUGAACCCCUACAAGUGGCUCCCAGUGUAUGACUCAAUAGUUGUAGCAGGAUACAGAGGCAAAAAGAGGGUUGAGGCUCCACCCCACAUCUUCUCCAUCUCUGAUAAUGCCUACCAGUUCAUGCUCACUGACCGUGAAAAUCAGUCUAUCCUUAUCACUGGAGAAUCUGGUGCAGGAAAAACUGUCAACACCAAACGUGUCAUCCAGUACUUUGCGACAAUCGCAGUGGCUGGAGGAAAGAAAGCUGCUGAGCCAGCAGCUGGAAAAAUGCAGGGGUCGCUGGAGGAUCAAAUCAUUGCAGCCAACCCUCUGCUGGAGGCUUAUGGUAAUGCCAAAACUGUGAGGAAUGACAACUCAUCCCGCUUUGGUAAAUUCAUCAGAAUCCAUUUUGGAACGACUGGGAAGCUGGCCUCAGCAGACAUUGAAACAUAUCUGCUGGAGAAGUCUCGUGUGACGUUCCAGCUAUCUGCUGAGAGGAGCUACCACAUCUUCUAUCAGCUCAUGACAGGUCACAAACCUGAGCUGAUAGAGGCUCUCCUGAUCACCACCAAUCCAUAUGACUAUCCCAUGAUCAGUCAGGGUGAAAUCACUGUCAAGAGUAUCGAUGACGUUGAGGAGUUCAUUGCUACUGAUACUGCCAUUGACAUCCUGGGCUUCACUGGAGAAGAGAAGGCAAGCAUUUACAAGCUGACUGGAGCUGUGAUGCAUCACGGAGCGCUGAAGUUCAAGCAGAAGCAGCGUGAAGAGCAGGCUGAGCCUGAUGGCACUGAGGUCGCCGAUAAAAUCUCAUACCUCAUGGGCCUAAACUCAGCCGACUUACUGAAAGCAUUGUGCUACCCCAGGGUGAAAGUCGGAAAUGAGUUUGUGACUAAGGGCCAGACUGUGCCUCAGGUAAACAACGCUGUCAUGGCCCUCUGCAAGUCUGUCUAUGAGAAAAUGUUCUUGUGGAUGGUCGUCAGAAUUAAUGAGAUGUUGGAUACCAAGCAGGCAAGAAGCUAUUUCAUCGGUGUCCUGGAUAUUGCUGGGUUUGAAAUCUUUGAUUUCAACAGCUUGGAGCAGCUGUGCAUCAACUUCACCAAUGAAAAACUGCAACAGUUUUUCAACCACCACAUGUUUGUCCUGGAGCAAGAGGAGUACAAGAAAGAGGGAAUUGAAUGGGAGUUCAUUGAUUUUGGUAUGGACUUGGCUGCCUGUAUUGAGCUGAUUGAGAAGCCAAUGGGCAUCUUCUCCAUUCUUGAAGAGGAGUGUAUGUUCCCCAAGGCAACAGACAUGACCUUCAAGAACAAACUGUAUGACCAGCAUCUUGGAAAAACCAAAGCUUUUGAGAAGCCAAAACCUACCAAAGGCAAAGCUGAGGCUCACUUUUCUCUGGUGCACUAUGCCGGCACUGUUGACUACAACAUCACGGGCUGGCUCGACAAAAACAAAGACCCCCUGAACGACUCAGUUGUUCAGCUCUACCAGAAGUCUUCAACCAAACUGUUGGCCUUCCUGUAUGCAUCACAUGCCUCAGCAGAUGCUGAGGGCGGUGGUGGUGGUGGAAAGAAAGGUGGCAAGAAGAAGGGUGGUUCCUUCCAGACUGUGUCUGCAUUGUUUAGGGAGAAUUUGGGCAAGCUGAUGACAAAUUUGAGGAGCACACAUCCCCAUUUUGUGCGCUGCCUGAUUCCCAAUGAGUCAAAGACACCAGGUCUCAUGGAGAACUUCCUGGUCAUCCACCAGCUGAGGUGUAACGGCGUGCUGGAAGGUAUCAGGAUCUGCAGGAAAGGUUUCCCCAGCAGAAUCCUCUACGGUGACUUCAAGCAGAGAUACAAAGUACUGAAUGCUAGUGUCAUCCCAGAGGGCCAAUUCAUUGACAACAAGAAAGCCUCAGAGAAAUUGCUGGGAUCCAUCGAUGUAGACCAUACUCAGUACAAGUUUGGCCACACUAAGGUGUUCUUCAAAGCCGGUCUGCUGGGAGUUCUGGAGGAGAUGAGAGAUGAGAAACUGGCUGAGCUGGUCACAAUGACUCAGUCUCUCUGCAGAGGUUUCCAAAUGAGGAAAGAGUUUGUCAAGAUGAUGGAGCGCAGAGAGGCCAUUUACACCAUCCAGUACAACGUCCGCUCAUUCAUGAAUGUCAAAACCUGGCCAUGGAUGAAGCUGUACUUCAAGAUUAAGCCCCUGCUGAAGAGUGCAGAGACUGAAAAAGAGAUGGCACAAAUGAAAGAGGACUUUGGAAAGACCAAAGAGGAACUUGCAAAGGUUUCGGCUAAGAAGAAGGAACUGGAGGAGAAGAUGGUGUCUCUGCUGCAGGAGAAGAAUGACCUGUUGUUGCAAGUGCAGUCUGAAUCUGAAAACCUCAGUGAUGCAGAGGAAAGGUGUGAGGGGCUAAUCAAAGCAAAAAUCCAGCUUGAGGCCAAACUCAAAGAGACAUCCGAGAGACUGGAGGAUGAGGAGGAAAUGAAUGCUGAGUUGACUGCAAAGAAGAGGAAGCUGGAGGAUGAGUGCUCUGAGCUGAAGAAAGACAUUGAUGACUUGGAGCUCACCCUGGCCAAAGUGGAAAAGGAGAAACAUGCCACUGAGAACAAGGUCAAAAACCUUACAGAGGAAAUGACAUCUCAAGAUGAGACCAUUGCCAAGUUGACCAAAGAGAAGAAAGCCCUCCAAGAGGCCCAUCAGCAGACCCUUGAUGAUCUGCAGGCAGAGGAAGACAAAGUCAACUCUCUGACGAAGUCCAAGACCAAACUGGAGCAGCAAGUUGACGAUCUUGAAGGUUCUCUGGAGCAAGAAAAGAAGCUCCGCAUGGAUCUUGAGCGAGCUAAAAGAAAGCUUGAAGGAGAUUUGAAACUGGCCCAGGAAUCCAUAAUGGAUCUGGAGAAUGACAAGCAACAGGCUGAUGAGAAACUUAAGAAGAAGGACUUUGAGGUAACCCAGCUCCUGAGUAAGAUCGAGGAUGAGCAGUCUCUUGGAAUCCAGCUCCAGAAAAAGAUAAAGGAACUGCAGGCUCGUAUUGAGGAGCUGGAGGAAGAGAUUGAGGCUGAGCGAGCUGCUCGGGCCAAGGUGGAGAAGCAGAGGUCUGAUCUCUCCAGGGAACUUGAGGAGAUCAGCGAGAGGCUCGAAGAAGCUGGCGGAGCGACAGCUGCUCAGAUAGAGAUGAACAAGAAGCGUGAGGCCGAGUUUCAGAAGCUGCGACGUGAUCUCGAAGAGUCCACCCUGCAGCAUGAGGCCACUGCUGCAGCUCUCCGCAAGAAGCAAGCUGACAGCGUGGCAGAGCUGGGAGAACAGAUUGAUAACCUCCAGAGAGUCAAACAGAAGCUGGAGAAAGAGAAAAGUGAAUACAGGAUGGAGAUCGAUGACCUCAGCAGCAAUAUGGAGUCUGUCGCCAAAUCAAAGGCAAACCUUGAGAAGUUAUGCAGGACAUUAGAGGAUCAACUGAGUGAGCUCAAAUCCAAGAAUGAUGAAAAUGUUCGUCAGCUAAAUGACCUGAGUGCACAAAAAGCACGGCUUCAAACUGAAAAUGGUGAAUUUACGCGUCAGAUGGAGGAGAAAGAAGCUCUAAUUUCUCAACUGACAAGAGGCAAGCAGGCUUACACUCAGCAGAUUGAGGAACUGAAGAGGCACAUAGAGGAGGAAGUCAAGGCCAAGAACGCCCUGGCUCACGCUGUUCAGUCAGCUCGUCAUGACUGCGACCUGCUCAGAGAGCAGUAUGAGGAGGAGCAGGAGGCCAAAUGUGAGCUGCAACGUGGCAUGUCCAAGGCUAACAGCGAGGUGGCUCAGUGGAGAACCAAAUACGAGACUGAUGCCAUUCAGCGCACUGAGGAGCUGGAGGAGGCCAAGAAAAAGCUUGCCCAGCGUCUUCAGGAUGCAGAGGAAUCCAUCGAGGCUGUGAAUGCAAAGUGUGCCUCUCUGGAAAAGACCAAACAGAGACUGCAGGGUGAAGUGGAGGACCUGAUGAUUGAUGUGGAGAGAGCUAAUGCUCUGGCUGCUAACCUCGACAAGAAACAAAGGAACUUUGACAAGGUUCUUGCAGAGUGGAAGCAGAAGUAUGAAGAGAGCCAGGCAGAGCUGGAGGGAGCUCAGAAGGAGAGCCGCUCAUUGAGCACUGAGAUAUUCAAGCUUAAAAAUUCAUAUGAAGAAGCUCUGGACCAACUGGAGACAAUGAAGAGGGAGAACAAGAACCUGCAACAGGAGAUCUCAGACUUGACUGAACAAAUUGGUGAGACUGGUAAGACGAUUCAUGAGCUGGAGAAGGGAAAGAAGACUGUGGAAAGUGAGAAGACAGAGAUCCAGACUGCUUUAGAAGAAGCAGAGGCUACUCUGGAACAUGAGGAAUCGAAGAUCAUGCGUGUUCAGCUGGAGCUCACCCAAGUCAAGAGUGAAAUUGACAGAAAACUUGCAGAGAAGGACGAGGAGAUUGAGCAGAUCAAGAGGAACAGCCAGAGAGUGAUCGAGUCCAUGCAAAGCAAUUUGGAUUCUGAGGUCAGGAGCAGGAAUGAUGCCUUGAGAAUCAAGAAGAAGAUGGAGGGAGACCUCAAUGAGAUGGAGAUUCAGCUGAGCCAUGCCAACCGCCAGGCAGCUGAAGCCCAGAAACAACUGAGAUUUGUGCAGGGACAGCUGAAGGAUGCACAACUGCACCUUGAUGAAGCUCUCAGAGGCCAGGAAGACAUGAAGGAGCAGGUUGCCAUGGUGGAGCGCAGGAACAACCUGAUGCUGGCUGAGAUCGAGGAGCUGAGAGCUGCACUGGAGCAGACGGAGAGAAGCCGCAAAGUGGCUGAACAGGAGCUGAUUGAUGCCAGUGAGCGUGUGGGACUGCUGCACUCUCAGAAUACCAGCCUCAUCAACACCAAGAAGAAGAUGGAGGCUGACCUUGUCCAGGUCCAAGGUGAAGUGGAAGAUGCUGUUCAGGAAGCAAGAAAUGCUGAAGAAAAGGCCAAGAAGGCCAUCACUGAUGCAGCCAUGAUGGCAGAGGAGCUGAAGAAGGAGCAGGACACAAGCGCUCAUUUGGAGAGGAUGAAGAAGAACCUGGAGGUGACGGUGAAGGACCUGCAGCACCGCCUUGAUGAAGCUGAGAAUCUGGCCAUGAAGGGUGGCAAGAAGCAGCUCCAGAAACUGGAGCAAAGGGUGCGCGAGCUUGAGACAGAAGUUGAAAGUGAGCAGAGACGAGGAGCAGAUGCCAUCAAAGGUGUUCGUAAAUACGAGAGAAGAGUGAAGGAGCUCACCUAUCAGACAGAGGAGGACAAGAAGAAUGUCGCCAGACUUCAGGAUCUGGUGGACAAGCUGCAGCUGAAAGUGAAGGCCUACAAGAGGCAGGCUGAGGAGGCGGAGGAGCAGGCCAACACUCACCUGUCCAGGUACAGGAAGGUGCAGCAUGAGAUGGAAGAAGCCCAGGAGCGCGCUGACAUUGCUGAGUCUCAGGUCAACAAGCUGAGGGCAAAGAGUCGUGAAGUUGGAAAAGCAAAGGACGGUGAAGAGUAAGCUGCAAAAUUUUUGAGAGGCACGAAUGAGAAUCAUAAAAUAUGCUUUUUCAUUCAAAUGCUCUCACUAAAUAUUGUAGAUCUAUAUUAAAUAAAUUCUGUUGCCAGUGUGCCGUCUUCAUACCUUUUUUUGCACUACACAAACAUAUGUACCACCACACAAAAAGAGUAGGUUGGUGUCUCUGGAUACACUACACUUGUAGUAAAAGAAUUACUAUUAUUUGUAGAAGCAGUCAUAGUCUGUUGUAGUAAAACAAACCUUAGACAAGUAUAUUGUGUCAUUAUGGUAUUGAG